GGGGACAGGGGCAGUAAAACGUCAACAUCCGAGGUUAACGUUUGCGUGUUCAACGCUUUCAUGAUACAAAAACGUUGGUGACGGUGUCGAUUUUUACGUAAAAUAGAUCGCAGGCAAGCAUUUACAGUAGAGCAAAAAUUCUUAUGUUAAGGCGUGGAAAUAUUUCAUAGCACGAUGUUUGACACCGCUAAAUUUAUAAAAGAAGUAGAGAAGCGACCUGCUCUUUAUAAUCAGUUUCGAAAAGAGUACCUCAAUAGAGAAUUAAAGCUUCAACUAUGGGAAGAAAUAUGCGCCAAAAUGUACGACAAAUGGGAGGAUGCCAGCGAAGAACUAAAAAGCAAAUUACAACGAGAACUUCAAACGAAAUGGAAGUCAAUCCGGGAUCACUUUAAGAGGCAGGUUGACAUAGAAAAUGGAAUAGCAAAGUGUGGCCAGGCCGCUAAAUUUAAAAGAAGAUAUUUAUAUUACGAUCUCCUGCAUUUUUUAAAACCACAUAUGAGAUCUAGAGGUACUCUUAGAAGUAUUGAUACAUCGGAACAACAGACUGAAGAUCCCCUUUCCGAAGUUGAAGAUACAGAAAGUGUUGAUUUUAUGCCACAACUUAUUAAGAUAGAAGAAGAACCUUUUUCCUUCGAGAAAUCAUCCAAACGUAGAUAUUCCACCGAUGAGUAUGAAAUGAGAGAAGUACAGGGCGAUUCCUCACAGAGUAUGAUGUUACAAAACCACGAAGGAGAUGAAGAUUUCAUGGGAAACAAAGCAUUCUUAAUGUCCCUACUGCCGCUUCUAAAUACUGUACCUGCAAAUGAGUUAGUUUCUUUUCGAUGUAAAGUAAUGGAGGUCUUUCAGACAAUUGACUUUUCAUAAUAUCUUCGCAAAACUUAAACGUGCACCUAUUCCUAGCAGUACUUGUAAAUAUCAUUCCGAAUCCAUCGUAUUUUAAUGUUUUAGUUAUCAAUGAUACUCUACAGCAGGCGCGGAUACAGGGGGGGUCAGCGGGUCCAUGGACCCCCCUAUUGUAUUUAGUCUAUAAGUAUUUUUUUAUUAUUUAUUAUUUUUUUCUGUUAACUCUAAACUUUAAGCCAUCAGUAGAUACAACACUAAAUUACACGACAACCGCUUCCAAAGAAUUGAAAGAAGCCAUAAAAUACAAUAAAACACCCUUCUCUAAAAAAUAAUCUGCAGGCGCAUUUGUUUGAGUACCGGUGGGUCCAUAAACAACGGAAAUAUUUUUCUCAAUUCAAAGAAUAACAAAAAUGAUAUUUUAAAAUGCAAAUAAGUACAUUACACUGGGUAUAAACCUUAUCUCAUGAAAAGUCACGUUUCAAAUUUGCGAUACGAUAUAUAAAAAUUUGUAUUUUACUAGAUAAUCCAUACGUACCUACCCAUUGAUGGUAGAAAGGUUAAUCUAUAUAUGGUAAAGAACGACCAGCGAGAUUAAUAGUCGUGAAUUGUCUAUCAAUCCUUUUGAUACCGUAGGUAUCUGGGAUUAUAAAUAAAGUGUAUUUUAUCCUUUGAGUAAGUGUGAGUCGUAUGGCUAAAUCUGGAAAAUAUAAUAUUUGAGCAGUGUUGCCAUAGGUCUUGGACAAAAUUUCGGAAGACUGUUCCUAUUUUUUCGGUAGAAAUCGUCAAAUUUCGGUAGAUUUCAUUUUUGCUUCUUUUGCUAUCGCAUUGCAAAAAAAUUAUACUUUAGGUACGAGUAUUCAAAAAUAAACAACAUUCAUCAUCAUAUAAUGAUCAAUAAUCACCAUUCAUCAUAAAAAUCAUUCAAAGUUCAAAAUCGGUAUACCUUAAAAAAAUGUAUUUUCUCGGUUUUCUAGGUAUUAUAGAGCAAUUUUCUUCAUUUUUUUUAAUCCAAAGUAACUCGAGUAGAGCCGUCUAACUAACGCAAUACUAAAUAUCAAGGAUGCUUUAGUUUUGUUAUAAGGAAUUAAUUUAUUUAUAAUAAAAUAAUACUGCAUAGUUUUUCCUGUUGUAGACUUUUUAAAAAAACUUACCACACGUGUACCUAUUAACGUUCAAAAUACAAUUAUUCUUAUUUGAAAGCUGUAUAAUUGUUUAAACAAGUUAAAAAUUUUUGUUAUAAUAAAUAAUAUUAGUUAUAAGUUAUUAACAUUUUUAUAAAUUACCUACUGCAAAAAUAAGGGUUUUUUGCAAUUAUCUCCAAUUGUUUAUGUAUUUCAAAUUAGAAACUAUCUAGAAUAUUUAUUUGAAACACUUUUCUCUAAAAUCUACAAGAAAUGUUUUAUAGGCAAAAACAUGAUUUUUUUACACUUUAUAAUCGUUUAAAAACAAAACAAUGUCGUAUAUUGAAGCAAUUGAAAACGAGAAAAAAUUUUAAUGUUCUUUAGUUAUGUCGAAAUACUGUAACUUAAAAAGGUGCAAAAUAAAUUUCUCCUGUUAAGAUUUUAAUAUAAAUAUUAUUUUUAGUUUGUAAUUAUCUUCUAAAUAAAAUAAGCCACAAACCCAGGUAGAUACAUUUUAUUCCCAAAAUCAAAAUAUAAAAGGACAAAGGACUGGUCAUAAAAUUGAUAUAACGGUAAAUCCGUAUCUGCUGGUUCGCACAUUGUGUCACAAGCUAGUAAAAGCAGUUCAAGAAUUCUUGAAAAUUGACUAAAUUCUGUUGCCAAAUCUAUCCGCAAAACAAUUUUCUAAUAAUUUUGAUUUUUCGGUAGAAAAAAAAUCGGCAGAUUAAUUUGAAAAUUAAGAAUUUUCGGUAGAAAAAAAAUGAUAAUUAGGUAGAUCGGUAGAUUUGACAGGUAUUCGGUAGAUCUACCGAGAAAUCGCUAGCUGUGGCAUCACUGUUAUUUGAAGUAAGUCUGGUCCCCCUAUUAUGAAUUUCUAGAUCUGCGCCUGCUCUACAGUAUAACAAGCAGAUGAAAAUGUACCGAGAUAUGAUGUAAAAAUUAAAUAAUACAUUAAUAUAACUAUAAA